GUUCGUCGGUAACAACUGAAAGGGCGAGCGAGGGUUGCAAUGUUCGCGAGGAUGCGUGCUGUAGUUCUGCUGGGGUUGGUGUAUCACGCAGCCUGUGGACCGGCCUUCGAAGGCAACCCUUUCCUGCAAGUUCUUGCACCGUCAAAGCCACCUCAACAAAAAGCGAACCAAACCGACCUCUACGUAAUUUUACCCUUCCGUGGUCAGCAACUUCAGCAGUCACCACCAGCGGUCGAACUUUCCACGGCACCUUCUCCUGCACCGGUUCCGAACCACGUGCAUUCUUUCGACUGCUCCAACCGAACAAGUUCCGUUCAUGUCCCACAAUCAUCGAAUUCGAACUCGAAUGUGAUUGGCGCGGCUCAAACAGUGGUAAAAACAAAUACCCCGGAACUGAACAGGAGGUGUUUGAAAUCCACUGGUCUAUUUCUGGGUACUUCUUGCGAUAAAUUUGUGAGCUGUUUGAAUGGUACAGCAACAGAGCAGAGCUGUCCCGAAGGGUUGAUGUUUAACGCAGAAGGACUGUACUGUGAUCGUGCCGAAAAUGUGCAGUGCGAUGGCCAAAAAUCGGCAGGGUCUACACAGUAUAUAGACGCACCAUCAAAACACCCUUCAAUAGGAUCGCCAAUUCAUGCUAGUAUCGUACAGUUUACUGCUGUACCACCUCAACAAGUUGCUCAAACUGGCCAACAACUAUUGCAACAUCAACAAUUACAACAACAGUUGCAGAACCAUCAACAUGUGUCUCAAAGCUCAGGAAAUGCGAAUUCAUUUGUUCAAUCGAAUAUAAUACCCGUCACGUCAACACAAAGUUCUCCAAUAGCUGCAACUUCAGCUAUUCACACAGCUCAAACACAAUUAUCUGGUGCCCAACAAAGCCAUAACCAGCAACAUCAGCAAAACCAACAGCAAUAUCAACAGCAUCAACAACAUCAACACCACUAUCAACAAGAGCAGCAACAACAACAUAAUCAUCAACAGCAGCAGCACCAACAACAGUACCAACAAAAUCAACAACAUAACCAACAGCAACAACACUAUCAACAGCAGCAUCAUCAACAACAGAGUCACCAGGAACAACAACAUCAACAACACUAUCAUCAACAGCAGAGUCACCAGGAGCAUUACCAACAACAGCACCACCAGCAGCAGCACUAUCAACAAGAGCAUCAACAACAAGAGAGUUACCAGCAGCAGCAACAGAAUCAUCAACAUCACUAUCAACAAGAGCAUCAGCAACAACAGAAUCAUCAACAGCAGCAGCAUCAACAGCAGCAUCAUCAACAAGGUCACCAGGAACAGCAACAGAAUCAACUACAUCUUUCUGGUACUCAACAUCAGCAAGUAUCUCAAGGUGCAGCAAAUCAAAAUACGUUUGUUCAAACUCCAGUAUCUAGUCAACAAAAUGUAUUAGCAGGAUUUCCCGCGAUAAAUGCUGCUUCAUCCCUUGAGACAAAUGAAAUAUCGGGGUCUGAAAGUGACAACAGGUGCGUGUCACUUAGGGGUCAAUUCCCAAGUAAUGCUUGCCACACCUUCCUGAACUGUUGGGGAGGAAUUGCCACUGAACAGACUUGUCCCAAUGGUUUGCUAUUUAGCAUGAAAGGGUACUGCGAUUAUCCUGAAAACGUGAACUGUGCUGGACGUUUAUUAGUAGCAUCCCAGCCAGUCAUUGCAGCCCCUAUUGAAAUAAAAUCACCACCACCACCGACACCUUCCCAAGUACCAUCGUUCGCACCUACGACGAAUCCCACAUUGGCAGCAGUACCUACAACUGUAUCUACACCAACGGCUGCACCGUUGCCUACAGUUAUUGCACCCCAGUUACGGAGCAAAUGCUUGAACGCUAGGGGUCAGUUCCCGAGCACAUCCUGCAACAAAUUCGUGAACUGUUGGGACGACAUCAUCCUGGAACAAGAGUGCCCGGAGGGAUUCUUGUUUUCCACCAAAGGAUACUGUGACUUUUCUCACAACGUUCAGUGUGGGGAUAGACCUGUUCAUUCCAGAGAUGUUUCAGGUGCCGAUACCAGUUCCAAGUCUGAGUGCCCUCUAGACAAUGGCACUUUCAGAGACAGGAAGAAAUGCAGUUCCUACUUCACUUGCACAGCCAACAAAGUUGUAGCCAGAUACGAGUGUCCAGAGGGUUUAAAUUACAAUGAUUAUCUUGGGGUUUGUGAUUUCUCUUAUAGAGUUGAUUGUUCCAAAGAUCCCUUGCUCAUUCCAGGAAGAAGCAAUUCGCAUACUGCCGCUCAGUUAAGAAGAGGAGAUGAAUGCCCAGCUGAUUUUGCAACAUACAGAGAUGCUAACAACUGCGGUGUGUACUAUACUUGUGUUUCAAGAACAAUAGUUGCUACAUACGAAUGCCCUGCUGGAUUCAAUUUUAAUGAUGAAAUUGGUAUUUGCGACUAUGCUGAAAGAGUGGACUGUACCAAAGCCCCAAAAAUAUUCCAAGUUCCAAAAAACGUCCUUCCUCAAGUGACAAAUGAUAUAAAGCAAAAGAUAGAUACUUGCACGCCUGGCACAAUGUUUUCCCUCAACCCACAAUGCACGGCUGUGUGUCUGUGCAGGAACGGUAUGGCUGAAAUCGUCCAGUGUCCUGCCGGUUUGGCGUACGACUCCAAGAUGGACAAGUGCAUUUUACCUCAUUUAGCUAAAUGUUGACUUGGUGAAUCGGAAGACUGAUAAACACAAUUAUUCUCCUCUUUUUCCUGUCCUACAGAAGCCCGCAACAUUUUGUUGCAAAACUCGACAUAUCGUACUCUAUUUAUUUAGCAAUUUAACGCUGACUAAGGUACAACCAAUGCUUGAAUCACUUGAACUUAUCUCGAUCUGGUAAAAUGUAUCCGUAUAGGUACCACAUCGACUUGAUUGUAAUAGUGUAUAUUGUUCACUUCAGUCUUGUGCCAGAUCUUGAUAAGAAAUAGGAAUCCUGUCUUGGCUUUGUUUUAGUCUGGCGGUUUAAACAUUCUUCGUGUAUAUUUCUUUAUCAGUUUCGCUUUUUAUCAGGGGAAUGGUGAUGGUAUUUAUUCUUGAUUUAUGUUUCUGCUUGUAGACGUUUAUGAAUAAAAUAGUUUUAUACAAA